AUUGCAAAAGCUCAAAGCACCAUGCUCUUAUUCUGGUACGCGUGUGGGGUUAAUAAAGUGUGCCACAAUUCGACUGUUACUGAUGGGUUUUCUGCAUUUGUAUUGCUUGGAGGAUGGAAAAAGAAACCCCAAGGACAAAAAAAGAAAAAAAUAAAAGAGAGAAGAAAAACCCAACUGCCCUUUAUUAUUAAUCAUGCAUUGGAAUAUACAUCUGAUCAGCGACAAAGUAGGUAAAAGCAGAAACCCUGAUACAAGCUAAGGAAUAUUUAAUAUAAAGAAAAAAAGAAAUCACAGAUAGAAUAUUAUUAAAAGAAUUGCCCAAAAGAAAAGCAAUAACCCUCACCUCUUUGUCCCUCUGUCUCUUACUGUGCAACUUCGUUAUCUGAGUAGUUUUCUUUUCUUUUUUACCCUUGUUACCUUUUAUUAAUUGCUCCUUUGGAUCCUCCAGACCCUACUUUUCCCUAUUCUAUCUUUCUUUCAUUCCCUUUUAAAUUUGGGAGUGUGUCUCGUGCCCACGCUUAUAAGCACAGCCAGGCAAGCAGCUCGCACCAAGAAAUAAAGAAAGAGAUAUCGCAUUUUAAAUACCACCUUUCAAGUCUAUCUUCAACGUUCAAGAUUCUUGGUAGCUGAUAUACACUCUCCUACUUGCUUGCUUCAACAAAUCAUGGAAGACUACUACUAUUCAAGAAACCAUGUACCGGCUUUUGGAAGCUGGGAUUGGAACAAUGACCUGCCGUUCACUCAAUGCUUUGAGUCAGCUAGGCAAGCUGGUUUGCUUCGUUACAGUUACUCUGAAGAUCGUGAUUUAUAUGUUGCAGGUGAUUUAUAUGAGAAUGAUGUCGUCACUCCUGCCAUGAUUGUUGUUCCUCGUCGAAGGGCAAAAGUACGUCAGCCUCGAGUCAAAGAAGAGAAAAAGCAGCCAAAUUGGGUGGUCAGUGACAUGAAAGAAGCAUCAAGUCCCACUUCUAAUCUGAUGGCCAGCAGGCCAACUCCCAAGCCUGUUGAUGAAGACUUGUACAAAAUUCCGCCAGAGCUUCUUUAUGCAAAACCCAAAAAGAAGAGAGGCUUGGGCUUCUUUUCAAGCUGCUUGCUGCCAACUUGUGUAUUGUGAAAGCUUGUAGGGAUGGGUACAUACAAGGGAUAUUGAGAAGAAUAUACUUAAAAUUAAUUAAUUAGUUAUAUAUGAUGUUUAAUUUAUGUAAUUGGGUUCCACUAGAAUAUGUGGAGGAUUGUUACUAUCGGUAUCUAUUUAAUUAGGAGUGUGUUAAUUUCCCUUUCUUUUGCUAGGGAAUCUCUUCUAUAUUAUUGUCAAUAGGAAGAGAUAGGAAAGAAAAAAGGCUGUUGGAGGGAGGAACUUUAAUUUCUUGUUGGGUUAUGUAUAUUCCCUUUGCAUGAGAUCAAAAGCAAGAGGAAAAGAAAAAAGGACUAUUGAGUA